AAUCGUUUGACAGCACUAAAGUAAUCUUUCUUCACUAAACAGGUGUAUAUUGACCUACGACCUGCAAUCUUCAGGCAGAUUCUAUGAGCAAAUAGCACAGUUUUUUUUUUGUUUUUUGUUUUUUGUUUUAUUAAUUGCGCUAUUAUAAUCCACACAAAGCAGCCUGUAAUCUUUUAUUUUACAAAUAUGUACGUUUCCUAUUCAUCAGGACGAUCACUGGUAAAGGCCUGCAUGAAUUUCAACCACACACAUUCGCCUUAAGUAGAAAAAAUAUCUCUGAAAAAGUGUUUCUGAGCAUUAAACUCGGUGUGCGUCUACGUGUUCAUCGCUGUCCUGCUCCUCAGGCAUGUGGUCUGUGUUUCCCAGUAAACCAUGAACACGUGCACUAAAAAAACACUGUUCAUUCUUUUGUGGCAAAGAAAUGAAGCAGCAUUUCCAUGCCUGUCAUAUUUGAUCAGGAGCUAAAUGGUUUCCCAGGGCCAUCCCGCGGAUAGUCUUGGCAGAGGACAGUGGCUGUGGCUGCCAGGAGGAGCCGUGGGUAUCCUGGAGGAGACUGCCCUCAUAAACAGGCUUGUCACUUGCAUUUGUAUGGAUAGUACUAGCAAUUCUGUGUUCAUGUUGUAGUUUUCCAGCAGUAAUCUGGCCCCUCUUGGUCAGGACAGAGCCUCAGUCAAGUGUUACCAUCUCUGCUGUAUAAAUAAUGACGGUGGUGUUUGUUGGCGUGAAAGUGGUAAAAGACUCUCCUUUGUAGGACAGCAAGGAAUCUAAUUGAGAUUUACGCUUAGUGGUCUUUGUCAGAGCUGGAUGAAUCUCUUUUGAAGACUGCAGUGGAAACUGGAAACUAAUAGGCUACUAUUUCCUUGAAAGGGUAUAUAUGUUUAAAGAGUAUCAUCUCACUUUGACCUUCCUUGUGUUGUAGGUAGUUUAGGCGACGCCUGUAUGUAUGGCAAAGGGACCCAAUUAACCCGUGGAUUGAAGAAUCAUGGGUAACCUCAUUAGCAGACCUAGCUGUUUGGGACAAAAGUCCAAACAAGUUAAGUCAGAGGAGAGCGUCUUGAAAGAGUGCUACCAGCAACGGAGAGAAUGGCCGCUCCCAGAGCCUCCUAGAGAAGAAACAGGAAAAGAGGAUGUGGAAGAGGUUCUUCGACAAACUCCAACACCGGACAAGCAGAGGAGUUCCCCAGCCCCUACUGUCACCACAACCAGCACUCUGGACAAUGCCUGGCGAAGCACUCCGUCCCCGGUAAAAACACCACGAAAUGGGUCUUUGUCCAGAAGGUGUAAUAUUCCAGAGUAUAGAAGAUCCCCCCUGAGUCAGUAUGGAUCCGUGGACAGGAGAGCCAGCCUGCAGAGAAGGGAUUCUGGAAGUCCCUGGUCCUGGAAGCCUCUGAACACUCGAGAGGUUACUGAAGUCACAGAGGUGACAGAGACAAUUGUUACCGAGAUUGUAGAGGUGACAGAGUAUCCUCCUGCAGGAAAGGAGGUGACCCUAUUGUUACUAGAACUGUUAGAGUCCUUACUGGAGCUGCUGAGGAACUUGCAGAGCUGCAGAGUGAUGGUCAAUCAAGCUCAGACCAGGAAUCAAGUCUAGAUCAAUGGAAGGUACAGUAUCUUUCCUUAACCUGUACUUUUUUUAUGAAAACGUGAUAGCAUAUUGUCUGGUCUUAUGUUAAGGAUGGCAGAAGUGUUUUGGCUCUGAAAGAUGAGUUCAGGGAUCCGUUGAAAUUCCAGCAAAAUCUGGAAACGCUGUUGACGUGGGUCUGCGAGAUUGAGGAGCUGACAGCCAAUCAAAAACCACCAUCCUCAGAGUUUAAAGUGUUGAAAGCGCAGCUGCAAGAACAGAAGCUCUUACAGCGCCUCCUAGAGGACAGGAGACCCAGUAUGGAGACCUUGAUGCAGGAGGGUCCAUACCUGGCAGAGGAGCUUCAGGGAAAUGACAGUGAAAAGACCAAAGUGCAGCUUGCACAGCUCAAGCUCAAGUGGGAGGCUCUACUUCAGGGCGCCAACAGCAGACACAGGAUUCUGGAGGACAUUCUGCCAAGAGCUCAGCUAUUCCAGGAGAGGACAGACAGACUUCAGCAAUGGCUUAUAUCUGUGGAUCAGGACUUAGCUGAGCUCCGCUCUGCAGAGAGAGGGAUGCUCCAUCUGCAAGAAGCCACAGGACAGGCCAAGGCAGUUAUGGAAGAGAUAAAAGCUAAGAGUGUUGACCUGGGGAAACUCCAGCAAUGUGCUCAUGAGCUCAUGGAAAAGGUUUCAGAGGAGGAAACCCAGCUGGUGCAGGAGCGGGUAGACAGUCUGCGUGUCCGGUACUCGGUGAUGAGUCUAGGUAGUGCUGAUGUCCUGCAGAGGCUGGAACAGGCUUUGGAGGCAUCUAGUCGAUGUACCUCCAGUCAGGAAGACCUCCACCUGUGGCUUGGUCGAAUCGAGAGAGAGCUGCUGGCUCCUGCUGCCCAGAGUCAGACUGGGGACACAGUCUUGUGUUCUUCUGAGAGGCAGAAGCUGGAACAGGCUGUUGAGAAAGAGUUGGCUUGGUUUAGAGACACCUCACUGGCACUGGAGGAGCUCAGAGCCAUUAAUCUGGACCCAGACAUCAUUGCAUCCCAGCUCAAUGAGCAGAAAAUACUUGCUGUAGAGAUUCUGCAGCACAAGUUUAACAUUGAGAAAAUGGUGAAGAUUUUGGAACUCCUGCAGAUGUACACUGAGGAUGGAGAGACACUGAGACUCCAGUCUUCCCUAGACACCUUACAGGAGCAGUGUCAGGUCACUACUGCCACUAAUUCCCAAGUCUUGCUUCAACUGGAACAUGCUCAGUCACUCUUGUCUCAGUUCUCAGAGGGCUAUGCUGAGUUAUUACCAUGGUUGCAGGAAACCAAAGCCCUUAUUGGCCAGUUUACCCUGAACACCAUCAGCUACGAGGCUUUCCGAGAGCAACAGGACCUCUUACAGGGCAUCAGGGAGUCCAUAGCAGAGCAUAAGCCACUGAUAGCACGGCUGAUCAUGCUAGCCCAGCGUCUAUCAGACCUGAAUGCAGUUCAGGGAGAGGAGUUCUGCCAGAAAGCCAGGGACACUGAAGAGCAGCACCUGGCCAUCAGAGACAGGGUUCGAGAAGCUGCUGGAGUACUGGAGGAGUCUCUGCCCCGCUAUACACAGCUGAAUGAGAGGAUGACUCUGAUUGGAGAGAGACUGGAGCGUCUGUGUAGUCACCUGCAGGCCUCAAUGGCUCUUCAAGGCCUCACCCCACGAAUUCAGGAGCAGCUACAGGACAACAAGCACACAUUGUCUGAGCUCUCAAAAAUGGAUCUGGACCUCAGCAGUGUGAGGACACAGGCUCAGGAGCUCCUGACCAACACAGGGGCUCUUGGGGACAGUUCCAUUGGCACAGCUAUUCAAGACCGGGUUUGCAGUCUAACAAGCCGCUGGGAGGAGGCUCAAAGACAAGCUCAGGAGAGGGAGAAGUGGCUUCUCAAUCUCCUGGAUCUGGCAGUCAGAUUCUGGAAUGAUGUGAGUGACAUGACAUCUGGACUGAUUGAUGCUCAGCAAGCUGUUCUGGACCUCAACUCCAGUCGAUCAGAUUCAGAAACCAUCCGACAGAGCCUGGAGACCAUGCAGACACUCAGGGAGGACAUUGAUUCUCUGCAAGGUGACCUGGACACACUAGGAAUUCUGGGAAUGGAACUCAUGUCAGCUUGUGGUGACACAGACAAGCCAGAGGUCACCAAAAGUUUGGAUGAGCUUUAUGGUACGUGGAACAAUCUCAGUAAGAUCUGGACAGAGUGCAACAGUAAGUUAGAAGAAUGUUUACGAAUGGCUCUCCAUUAUCAGGACAGUAUGCAGGGACUCUUUGAGUGGCUGAAGUCUGCAGAGCUGAAAUCCACUGAGGAGUUCUCAGUGGGAUCUGACCUGGGAUCAGUUAAAGAGCAGCUAUGUGACCUGAAGGAAUUUAAGCGAGAGCUCUAUCAGAAGAAGAUCGAGAUUGAAAGUCUAAACCAUCGCUUUGUGUGUCGUCUUUCCCCGGGCACUGAGCGGCCUGGGUCCAUCUCUCCACUGUGUGACUUCCGUCAGCGAUGGGACAAUCUGGAGUCAGAGACUGUCAGCAGACAGCACCAGUUGGAGUGUGCACUGCUGGGCUUGGGUCAGUUCCAGAACACUCUUGAUGAGUUGCACGCCUGGCUCUCUCACACGGCUGACCUACUGCAGGCCUCUCAGCCAAUCAGCAUUGACCUGCAAACCUGUGAGAUAGAGCUAGCCAAGCACAAGGUUCUGCGGAAUGAUGUGAUGUCCCAUGUGCACACGGUAGACUCUCUGAACCUGGCCGGCAGAAACCUGAUGGAGUCUGGGGCAGGAGACAGUUCACAUGUCCUGCAGACUCGUCUGGAACAGCUGAACGAACGCUGGGAAUUUGUACGCUGUGAGACAGAGCGCAGACAGCUAGAGCUGGAAAAUAACCUCAGUCAGGUUCAGGACGUAACCAUGGAGAUCCAGGAUCUCCUGCAGUGGCUGGAACACACAGACCUGAGGCUGUCCUCCAGUAAGACGGUGUGGGGAAUGCCAGACUCUGCCAACGAGAGACUGAACGCUCAUUUGGAGUUGUGUAAUGAGAUGGAUUCUAAAAUGCACGCAUACACAAAUGUGCGCAACGCCAUUCCACAGGAUGCUGGAGGGCAGAGAAGUGGCCCGGGGCUCCAGCACAGAGCAUAGCUUAUGCAUACUGGAGCAGAAGUGGAGCACUGUCUAUGCUAAAAUGCAAGAAAGAAAGGCAAAGUUAACAGAGGGACUUGGACUUGCAAAGGAGUUUAACAGUAAUGUCCAGGACCUGCUGACCAAAAUGGCCAAGUGUGAAGAGACCAUAAACACUCUGCCUGCGCCCAGCUUCAUCCUGGACACCGUCUGCGC